AUGCGUUCCAUUGAGCCUUUCACGAUGAUAGCGCACCAGAGACGCAGAACUCUCGCGACAGAGUGGACGCUCGGGUUGGGGAUCCCCCUCCUUGUUGCAGGACCCAUCUUUCAAUCGCGACGAUUUCAAGUCAUCGAAGGAUUCGGCUGCACCAACUCGAUCGACAGCUCGAUACUGAGCAUCCUGCUUCUCAAGUCAUGGUUCGUGCUCCCUCCCUUAGUAUCUAUUGGCUUCUACUAUCCUCGCGUGGUCCGCAUUUUCUACCGCCAUAGUCGGGAUAUGAAUGACUUCUUGGCAAGCAACAAUUCUGUUUCCCGCACGAAUUACUUUCGCAUCCUUGCUCUUGCAAGCCUCGAUAGUUUGGUCACCUUACCUAUAGGCGUCGCGAUCAUCGUCCUGGCUGUCCAAGACACUCUGUCUGUAAACAUCUCGUUCCCGUCCUACUACAUCCGGCCCUUCAAUCACGCGGACUGGCAACCGGACAGCGUUAGCCAUUCAAGCAUAGUCACCGGCGGAGCUUUUGAUGCAGCACAGUUCUAUUUCAGUAAUUGGAUAUCACCAGUCCUCGCCUUUAUCAUCUUCGUUCUCUUCGGCGUCACCUCAGAGGCCCGCGCAUCGUACUGGCACAUCAUUCACACCGCCUGCGGCUGGUUCGGCCGGAAGCCGACUCCUCUCACGCGCAGAGCGCGUUCACCACUUGGAGAUAUUGAGUUUGGCGAGCGACCACCUCAAAAUUCUAUGUCCCUCGGUCUCAACUCACGACCAAGUUUCAUCAACCCGAACGUGUCCGUGCAAGAUCAAGGCGGAGAGAUGGGAGGGGCCAUCAACAGAGUGGAGGACUGUUCGGAGAAGGACGCGAUUGAGGGGGUGCACCAAGAUCGUGUGCAGGGAACGGUGAAUCCAGCACGGCCAUCUGAGUCUCACCAGGCAGACUCAAACAGCGCCGAGACCGUGGUGUAG